AUGCUCGCUUGCCGGAAUACCCUCAAGACAAGGGCUGCCACUGGGCAGCUCUGCAAGGCCCUUGGUGUACGACUCGUCACAAACCCUCAAGUAGUGCAACUGGCCAAGAACGCAAGCUUCGAUAGUCUUUUCAUCGAUCUGGAACAUUCGACACUUUCUCUCGACGACGCUGGCAAGCUAUGUGGUGCUGGACUUGCUCUCGGCAUAACGCCCUUUAAAGUCCUCGACGCAGGUGCUAUGGGAAUAAUCUUUCCUCAUGUACAGAACGCAGAUGAAGCAAAGGCAGCUGUGGCCAUCUCGAAAUACCCUCCGCAAGGCUGUCGUUCAAUCACUGGCCAACUGCCCGCCUUAUCUCUCAAGUCCUUUCCUCAGCCUGACGUGAUCCGCGAGACCAACGAGCACGCGUCAACAGUGUUUGUCAUGAUAGAGAACGAGGGAGCCGUCCAAAGAGUAGAGGAGAUCGCCGCCGUGGAGGGAGUCGACGUUGUACUGGUUGGAUCCAAUGACUUGGCCAUCGAGCUUGGUGCCCCUGCCGAUUUUCGCAGCGAUAGAUUCCGCCAGGCUUUGACACGAGUGAGCAAAGCAUGCAGGAAGUAUGGAAAGGUUAUGGGUCUUGCAGGUAUCUAUGACACGCCUGAUAUUCACGACUGGGCCAUUCAUACGCUGGGUGUGCGUUUCAUGCUAUGCCAGCAGGAUUCAGGGUUGAUCGCGGGCGCUGCAACGAAAUGCUUGGCUGCUAUAGAAAUUGUUGAGAACACCCCUUCAUCAAAGGCGACGAAUGGAUCUACUUAA